UUCACAAAGAGGCUGGCUGACGGAGCACACGGACGCCCCUCUUCCUGUCUCUCUAUCUUACACCCUCCCUCUCCCUCCCUCUCUAUCGCCAUUUCUCUCCUUUUUCGACCCCUCUGCUCGUCGUUGAGACCGUCAGAAGCCCAUCGUUCGGAUCGUUUGUGUCGUUGUGUUGUGACUCGGAUUGGAGACGCUCCGUCAUGCCGGCGAACGGUUAUCGUGCAGGACUCAAGAGAUGGGUGCAGGGAGGAGGCACCGUGAAGAACACGCUUAUCACCGGACUAGCCGAAUUGAUUGGCACAUCCAUGCUGGUGUUUGUGGGAUGCAUGGGUUGUGUAGGCACUCUUGGUGUUGUGCCACCUCAUUUACAAAUAACGCUCACCUUCGGCUUGGCGAUUAUGGUUGUGAUUCAGUGCAUCGGUCACAUCAGUCAUGCUCACGUUAAUCCAGCAGUCACUGUGGGAGCCGUCAUUCUCGGAAAGAAGACGAUUCUCGAGGCUUUAGUGUACAUCAUAUCGCAAAUAAUAGGCGGAGCUUUGGGUUACGGCAUGCUCAAGGUUGUGACGCCGAAGGAUCACCUGACAACCAGCACGGUCGAGCAAUCUGACAUGUUCUGCGUGACCGAUCUGCACAGCGAAGUGUCCGCGAUUCAGGGUCUGGUCCUCGAGGGUAUCGCGACCGCCAUUCUCAUGCUGGUAGUAUGCUCGGUUUGGGACGUCAGAAACGAAAAGAACUCGGACUCGGUGUCGAUCAAAUUCGGCCUCACAGUGGCCGUGCUCGCCACCGCGUUUGGACCCUACACUGGUUGCAGCAUGAACCCGGCAAGGUCAUUCGCACCGGCAUUGUGGAACAACCAGUGGGCGCAUCAUUGGAUCUACUGGUUCGGCCCGAUCGGUGGUGCCCUGAUCGCCUCCUUCGUGUACAAAACCGUUUUCGGUGUGCCGGAGAAGGUCGAGGAAGAGCCAAUACCUGAAGCGGUUGCGCUCAACAGCGUGGAGACCCACAAGACGGAGUCCUAAUUCGGUCAGCGAGACAGACACGACCGAGAUGACAAGUCCAGUAAGAAAACUCGGUCGACGAGGCUUUCAAGAGACAAGGAAAUAAGAUCUUCGGAAGGAAUACGUGCUCCGAAACGCACAGAAAUUUCCAAUAGCGGUUCCAGAUAGCACGGAUCGCGGGAAAGCUUCGAAGCUCAAGCAAGAUGCGCUCGCAAUCCCCAGGAUACACGAGAUAGACAAUCAUCUCGAUUCGGCCACCGAACAUGGUUACAUCAUUGUCAACACACACGCGGACGCACAACCUUGACACAAUAGUCCUUGCACGUGUAUCUUGUACGAGCGCGAGUUACGUCAUUUUUCCAUUGUCAUCGCGAUUGUUCCUCAUUUUAUCAACAUUGUUUUCGGUAACUCGGUCUAAAUACAAAAGUCAAUAAAAUUCAUAGCCGGAUCAAUGAUUACAUGAAAUUUUAUCAAGGAUAUUAAACGCCCAUUAUAUUUAGAUUUUCAGUACUGGUCAAAUUUUCGCGCAAGAAAAUGUCUCGACAUACGCGAUUGUUGCGAAAGUCUCAUAAUCGUAAUCAAAUGUUACUCGAUAUGAAACGUAAAACUGAUUUUAUUGUUGUAUCACUUUUCUUCUGUAAUAGUGUAUAUAGUGUAAAUUCUCUCUCUCUCGUUUGCUAUUAAAACAAUUUAUAAAUGAUAUAUAUAAAAUUUAAAGUUACUAUAUGUAUAAUUGCAUUUUAACUCUUUAUUAUAAUCAAUUUGAAAGUGCAUUAAGCUUUAUGUGAAACUCAUUGUGCCAUAAUUUCGCUCUUCCUAAUUCAUGAAACUUUCGCAUUAAUAUAAUUGAAUACGUAACUCGAUUAUCAUAAUACUUUUACGCGGUACUGCAUCAUUUUUAUCAUUAUCUUUAUGUUAUAUACGCUUGAUUAGACGGAACAAACACAAAAGUGUAUUCGAUCUGUAUUUUGUAUAUCUGACGAUUGUCCAAUUCGUUGGCGACGACAGAUAACAUUGAUUCUCGAGCAGUGGACAAGCGCAAUUUCUGAUGAGAUUUUUAGAGUAUGUGUGCAAUAUAUAAAUACAUAUAUGUUGCACACACACACAAUCUUUUUGUUAUUUCCAUAGUUACGCGUACGUAUUCGCUAUUGAAGUUCUGUCGUUAUAUCGUUUACUCAUUGGGAAAGUGUUCCCAAUCUCGUCAAGAUACAUGGCGUGUGCUUUCGAUAAAACGACAGAUACCGAGAGCGAGGCGAAUAAUUAGCGUUUCACUAUUUAUGUACUUUAUCAAGAGUCGCACAAAUACACGUGUAAAUACGAAACGAAAUAGCGUUUCAUUAAUUAUUUGUCCACUCGUGCACGUACGAUCCCACUUUUCGUACAAUUCGCGUGACAUAAUCAACGCAAUUGGCACAAUUAUAGAUUAAAUAAUUUAGGGUAAUGUAGAAGAAAAUAUUACGAACUUGCAGAAUGGAUAUUUCGAGACCAAAAAGCUUAGAAUAGUUUUGUUUGUGAAGAAAAUGAGAAAUUUUCAAGUGCGAAUGUAGCACACACGCGGUGUGUGUUUAUGUGGAGAGAAUAUCAUUAAUAUUUGUACAAUAUUCUAUUUUUUACUGGCUUUAUCUUUAAUUGCAUUCAUGGAACGACAUAUUGCGUCGAUCAAAUCUGAAACUCUAUUUCGCGUUCUAUUGUCAUAGAAUGAUGAAAAAAAGGUGUUAACAAUCUUCGCAUGCACAUAUUGAUUGAGUUUUAUACCCGUAGUGUGGAGUAAAUAAAAACAUGUAAAUACAAAAAUAACAACUUUGAUUGAACGGCAUUGAACGAAUGUCAUCGAAAAAAUAUGAGGUGCGUAAAAAAGUGUAACUUUUUGAUUUUCAGCCUCGCCACAGGUUUUAUGUACCGUGAAAUUUCUAACUCGUUCGCGCGAUCGACGCUGCCUACAAUCAUGUCGAAAUACAAAUACUUCAUCAUUUUAUAACGCGCGACAAAAAAGUACGCAUAACAAAAGACACUGACAGCGUCAUCCUCGCACGCUUUGAUCGUCGCACGUUAAUUGACGAAAGCCAUUUUUAUCUGCAAGAUAUAUUCGCGUGGCGUCACGUGAAUUGCAGUAAAUUGUAAUCGCCUAACGAAUCAAACAUGUAAUUGUGUUUGAGUAAAUGCGUGAUCGUUAAUACUGUACAUCACCUGUAAUGUAUCGCAGAGUACACCGCUAAAAUAGGAAUCAAAGUAGAAUAUACAUGAUACUUUUGUUCUUGCCGCAGUGUAUUAUUACAAUGUAUCAUAUAAUAUAAUGCAACGUAUGUAUGUUUUUCUAUUGCGAUAAAAUAUACUAAUAGCACAAUUUUGUAUGACAUGUAUAGUAGGUAAGUAGAAAAACUCUGAUACAA